UAUUAAUCUCUCAUCUUGAGCUAAUCACUUGUUUAGCCUAUAAAUAGAGGUUCUUUGCUUCAUUGUAAAUACACUUUGAUUACACUAUUAUCACACUCUCUAAUACUCUCAAUAACAUAAGUCUUCAUACUAUAUUUUCUCUCCCUGAUCUUCUACUUAUUUCCUUCCAUUUCAUAAUACGUUAUCAGCACGAAUUUGCUCCAAAUCCCUGAAAUCAUCAUCUUCCCAACAGUUCAUCCAUGGCUAAUAUUAGCAAAAGAGAGUUCGACGUCCUCGAUUUAUCUGGUCAAAAGUACUUGGAAUGGAAACUUGACGUUUUGGCACAUUUAAAAGCAAAUGCCCUCGAAAACACAAUUGCUGAAAAUAAUUCAGCUACUCCCCAAAACAAGGCAAAAGCCAUUAUCUUUCUUCGUCACCAUCUUCACGAAAGUUUGAAGUCUGAGUAUUUAUUGGUGGAUGACCCUAAAGAAUUGUGGGAUAAUCUCCAAGAAAGGUAUGGCCAUCAACAAAAGGUCCUUUUACCAAAAGCUCAAUAUGACUGGAUCAAUUUACGAUUCCAGGAUUACAAAUCUAUAAGUGACUACAAUUCUGCCUUGUUCCAAAUAACAUCAAAAUUGAAGGUAUGCGGACAAAAAGUCAUUGAUGCCGAAAUGUUGGAAAAAACUCUAUCCACUAUGCAUCUUUCAAAUAUGCUUUUACAAGAGCAAUAUAGACAAAAGCACUUUCAAAAGUAUUCUGAUUUAAUAUCAUUAUUACUACUUGCUGAGACGAAUAAUGACAUUUUGAUGAGAAACCACAAUAUGAGACCCACGGGUUGUAGCCCUUUUAGUUUUGGUCCACAAAAUCAUGGUUCAAACUCUAUCCACUAUGCAUCUUUCAAAUAUGCUUUUACAAGAGCAAUAUAGACAAAAGCACUUUCAAAAGUAUUCUGAUUUAAUAUCAUUAUUACUACUUGCUGAGACGAAUAAUGACAUUUUGAUGAGAAACCACAAUAUGAGACCCACGGGUUGUAGCCCUUUUAGUUUUGGUCCACAAAAUCAUGGUUCAAAACAUGAAUCAAAUGCAACCCAUAGUGGUGCUCGUGGACAUUUCAAACGUGGUCGUGGUAUUGGUCGUUAUAAUGGACCUAGCCGGGGAAACAAACAGAGUAGUAGCUCUUACAAAGACAAGGGAAAGCAAAAUCCCCAUCAAACAAGAGGCCCGACGAAAUCUUCAGAAAAGGCUAAAGUCACUUGUUUUAAAUGUGGCACGUCGGGACAUUGGGCAAAUAAGUGUCGCACACCUACACAUUUGGUUGACUUAUAUAAAUCAUCUCUAAAAGGAAAGAAUGUGGAAACUAAUUACGUCAACGAAAACGUUCCACCAAUGCCCACAUUUAACAUGUCUGAUUUCUAUAUGGAUAAUAAUGAGAUGAACACUGACAUCGUCAUGGGUGAAAAAUAAUAAUAAUAAAAAUGAAAUUAUUUUGUUAUGUAAUAUAUUCUACAAUAAAAGUUUGUUGUAUUGUAAUUUUUAUUUGGUGUGCUUGUUUUGGUUGUAAAAGUUAUG